CAGAGUUUUGUUUAUGUUUGCAUCGUCAAUGCUUCUAGAAAAGCGAUCGGUAUAAAGUGCGGCAUUUUCGGUGUUUCACAUUCGCAAUCGUUAUUGACAGAGUUCGGUACCUAUUAGCAUCCACAAGCAAUAAAUCGGUGGUUAAUCAUGAGCUAUCAUCGCGGAGGAAAUCGUCGUGGCAACAACUUCAACAAGGGCGGUGGUAACCGCUACGGUGGUGGUGGUGGCAAACGCGGCGGCGGACGAGACUCGGAUACACCGGUCGAUGAGAAGAAUCCGGUGAUUCAAAGUUUCCGGGAAUAUGCCAGAGAGCUGGAUGAUAAGCACGAUCGAUACGAAAGGAUUGUCAAGUGCAGCCGGGAUAUCACCAUCGAGAGCAAGAGGAUCAUUUUUCUGCUGCACACGGUCGAUGUAAAGAAGAACAACCAAACCCAGGUGUGCAACGAAGCCAAGAGACGGCUGGAAGCGCUCUGUCAGUCCCAUUUCGCCACCAUCGCCAAAGAACUUCACGGACUGGAUCCGUACCAGUACACGCGGGCCUAUACCGCCGGACUGCAGGAAUUUAUCGAAGCGUACACAUUCUACGAGUAUGUCGGUGCCCAGAAUAUUUCCCACUGGAAGACGAUUCAGGAGCAACUGCUCACGUACAAGAUAGCGCCCGAUUCGGCGGAAGGGAAGAAAAUUGUUUCCGAUGAAAAUGACCAACCGGAAACUGAAGAUGAAGAAGACGGGGACGAGUCGCCGAAGAAGCAAGUUGAGAUAAGCUGCCUAUUGUCCCCGAUGGAUUUUGUUCUUGGGAUAGGUGACCUCAGCGGUGAGGUUAUGCGUAAAUGUGUUAACUCGCUUGGUUCUGGUGACGUGGACAGCUGCUUCGACCACCGUCGUUUUAUGCAGGAGCUCUACAAGGGAUUCAUAUCGGUGGCUAACGCUCGAAGCCGUGAUUUUUCUCAGAAGUUGCUCACACUUAGACAAAGUUUGCUCAAAAGCGAAAAUGUAUGCUACAAUGUAAAGGUACGUGGAGGAGAAGCCGCCAAGUGGGGCAAUACCGAUGAUUGUGCCUUCGUCCCGAAGGAUAACCUUGAUGAGGAUGAGGGUAUUUUCUUCUGAAAACAGGUAUAAACACUGUAGAUCGUAAUUUUGAAAAUGGAUUCUUUUUUUCUUACUUACAAUAUGGAAUAAAUAAACGGUAUAAAUAUACCGAGUAA